ACACGCACCCACGCAUAGACACAGUCGUAGCUUUGUGAUUGCUGUCGAAACAUUUAACAAGAUUUGUAACAGACGCAAAAUUGGGUUUUGCCCAGGCUAACAAACCAAGCCACAGAUUUUUCUCGUUUUUGUUGAACAACAGCGACACUCGACGAGCAACUCGAUCAAUUAUGGAAAGCCAAAAGAGCCAAAGCCACAAUCAUCGUCGCGGCGCUCGACCCAGCGUUGGCUACUUGCUGUUCCAGUAUCAGAGCGAGCUGACGCGCCGGCAUGCGGAGCCGACGCGGCUCUCCCGCUGCAAGAUACACAUAAUCGAUGGCCUCGUCUCGCGUACGAUACGCCAGCUGAAGCACUGCAGCGUCGAGGAGCUGCAGGCCUGCAAGCGGGAGCUCGUCUACAAGGAGCAGCUGCGAGACGAGCUGCGCAGCAUGCGGCGCAGAAAGAACUCCAGCUCUCGUUCCAGUUCCAGUUCCCGUUCAAGUUCCAGUUCUAGUUUGAGCAGCAGUUCCGAAUCUGCUGCGCCCUCUGUCAAGGCGCCCAGCACACCGCCCAAGCCGCGCGCCGCACAAUCCACAAAGGUUGCGAUCUUUGGACCCGAAAUCUUUGUCUAA